UGUAAACUUCUCUGAUAAAGGAAACUCGGAAAAACCCGUCACUCUCUCGCUCGCUUCAGUCUUCUCCAUGAUUCAUCUUUGCUCUUGAAAUCAGAACGCUCAGGCUCUAGUCGCCUUUGCUUGUAGAAUCCCAACUUCUUAGAUCUCUGAUUGAUUCAAGAUGUUUCUUUGCUCUGGAAGGCACUGUUCGUCUCCAUGUAAUGAUUGAAGCAAAUUCCAAUAAUUAGGGUUUUUGUUUUCAGAUUGGGGGUUCAGAAUUCAAUGGAGAGCCUGGCACAACUAGAGGCGUUGUGCGAAAGGCUCUACAAUUCACAAGACUCUGCGGAGCGAGUUCAUGCCGAGAGCACGCUGAAAUGCUUCUCCGCGAACACUGAAUACAUCCCUCAGUGCCAGUACAUUCUCGACCAUGCUACCACACCUUAUGCGUUGAUGCUUGCCAGCUCUAGUUUGUUGAAGCAAGUCACGGAGCAUACCCUCCCUUUACAGCUCCGUUUGGACAUCAGCAAUUACCUUAUCAAUUAUCUAGCCACCAGAGGACCCAAAUUGCCACCCUUUGUUACUGCAUCUAUAGUUCAGCUCUUGUCUCGGGUUACAAAGUUUGGUUGGUUCGAUGAUGAUAGAUUCCGAGACAUAGUCAAGGAGUCUACCAACUUCUUGAGUCAGUCAACUUCAGAUCACUAUGCCAUUGGUCUGAAGAUAUUGAAUCAACUUGUCUCUGAGAUGAAUCAGCCUAAUCCAGGGUUGCCUUCAACACAUCAUCGAAAGGUUGCCUGUAACUUUCGGGAUCAGUCCCUUUAUCAGAUAUUCAAAAUAUCUUUGACAUCAUUGUGUCAACUGAAGAAUGAUGUUGCAAGUCAACUGCAAGAGUUGGCCCUCUCUCUUUCUCUCAAAUGUCUAUCCUUUGAUUUCGUUGGGACAUCUAUCGACGAAAGUUCUGAUGAGUUUGGUACUGUACAGAUCCCAACAUCUUGGAGAAACGUUUUGGAAGAUCCUUCAACACUCCAAAUAUUUUUUGAUUAUUAUGCCCUGCAGAAGGCCCCUCUCUCAAAGGAGGCGCUGGAGUGCUUGGUGCGACUAGCUUCUGUAAGACGUUCACUUUUUGCCAAUGAUGCUACGCGUUCCAAGUUUUUGGCCCAUUUGAUGACAGGAACCAAAGAAAUCCUACAAACAGAACAAGGUCUUGCUGAUCAUGAUAAUUACCAUGAGUAUUGUCGUCUUCUCGGACGUUUCAGAGUGAAUUAUCAGCUCUCGGAGCUUGUGAACGUGGAAGGCUACAGUGAUUGGAUACAAUUAGUGGCAGAGUUCACAUUGAAGUCUUUGCUGUCCUGGCAGUGGGCGAGUAGCAGUGUAUACUACCUGUUGGGUCUAUGGUCUAGAUUGGUAACAUCUGUGCCAUACUUGAAGGGUGACGCUCCAAGUUUGCUGGAUGAAUUUGUACCUAAGAUCACUGAAGGUUUUAUUACAUCAAGACUUAACUCUGUACAGGAUGGAUUUCCCGAAGAUCUUUCUGAUAAUCCAUUGGACAAUGUUGAACUACUCCAGGAUCAGCUAGAUUGUUUUCCAUAUCUUUGCAGAUUCCAGUAUGAAAGCAGUGGGUUGUAUAUGAUAAACAUAAUGGAGCCUCUUCUGCAAGCAUACACGGAACGAGCACAUUUACAUAGCAGUGGCAACACUGAACAUAGUGUGAUUGAGGCCAAACUUGCUUGGAUUGUACAUAUUAUAGCUGCCAUUCUUAAAAUAAAGCAAUGCACUGGUUGUAGUGUCGAGUCACAGGAAAUGCUUGAUGCAGAACUCUCCGCUCGAGUUUUGCAGUUAAUACGUGUCACUGAUAGUGGACUACACAGCCAGAGAUACGGUGAACUGAGUAAGCAACGACUUGAUCGAGCAAUCCUCACCUUCUUUCAGAAUUUCCGAAAGUCUUAUGUUGGUGAUCAGGCUGUGCACUCAUCUAAUAAGCAGUUAUAUGUUCGGUUGUCAGAGCUUCUUGGAGUUCAUGAUCAGCUGUUACUGCUAAAUGUGAUUGUCGGGAAGAUUGCUACAAACUUGAAGUGUUACACGGAGAGUGAGGAGGUUAUCGAUCACACUUUAAGUUUGUUCUUGGAUCUGGCAACUGGGUAUAUGACUGGAAAGCUGCUUCUGAAGCUGGAUACAAUAAAAUUUAUCAUUGCAAAUCAUACUAGGGAGCAUUUUCCAUUUUUGGAACAAUAUAGAUGCUCUCGCAGCCGAACCACUCUCUACUAUACUAUUGGCUGGUUAUUGUUCACGGAGGAUAGCCCUGUGAAAUUCAAGUCUUCAAUGGAUCCUUUGUUGCAAGUUUUUGUUAGUUUGGAAUCAACACCUGAUUCAGUGUUUCGUACUGAUGCUGUAAAGCAUGCUUUAAUCGGUUUAAUGAGGGAUCUCAGAGGAAUUGCAAUGGCUACAAACAGUCGCAGGACUUAUGGGUUCUUAUUUGACUGGCUAUACCCUGCACGCAUGUCGCUACUCUUGAAAGGCAUCUCGCAUUGGACUGAUACCCCAGAGGUUACCACCCCUUUGUUGAAAUUCAUGGCUGAGUUUGUAUUAAACAAAGCCCAGCGCUUAACUUUUGACUCAUCUUCUCCUAAUGGCAUUCUUCUUUUCCGGGAAAUAAGCAAAUUGAUUGUGGCAUAUGGGACGAGGGUUUUAUCUCUUCCAAGUGCUGCUGAUAUAUAUGCCUAUAAGUACAAAGGAAUAUGGAUUUCAUUGACUAUUCUCUCAAGAGCACUUGCUGGAAAUUAUGUCAACUUUGGUGUGUUUGAGCUGUAUGGUGAUAGAGCACUCUCUGAUUCCCUUGACAUGGCCUUAAAGUUGACUCUAUCGAUUCCCUUGGCUGAUAUAUUAGCAUAUCGAAAGCUAAUGAAGGCCUACUUUGCAUUCUUAGAGGUACUAUUCAGCAGUCACAUCAAUUUCAUUCUGAAUUUGGAUACAAACACCUUUACACAUAUAGUUGGAUCGCUUGAAUCUGGUCUGAAGGGUUUGGAUACAAAUAUCUCAUCACAGUGUGCAUCUGCUGUUGAUAAUUUGGCUGCUUUCUAUUUCAACAACAUCACCAUGGGGGAGGCACCCACUUUACCAGCGGCAAUAAAUCUUACUCGACAUGUUGCAGAUUGCCCCAAUUUGUUUCCAGAGAUAUUGAAGACCUUAUUUGAGAUCAUAUUAUUUGAGGACUGUGGCAAUCAGUGGAGUCUUAGCAGGCCUAUGCUGAGCUUAAUUCUUAUUAAUGAGCAGUUGUUCUCUGAUUUGAAAGCUAAAAUUUUGGCUUCACAGCCGGUGGACCAACAUCAAGGGCUUUCCCUCUGUUUUGACAAAUUAAUGGCAGAUGUUACUUUAAGCCUAGAUCCGAAGAACAGGGACAAGUUCACCCAGAAUCUGACGGUUUUCAGGCAUGAAUUUCGUGUCAAAUAGCUCGUCUCUAUGUGCUGUUACAAUAUCUGUAACUGCAUAAGAUGUUCAUACAAAGAACUCCAAGCUCUGCAUGUCAGCUUUACGUGCCCGCAUUUCGUUAUGUAUAUUACGGACACUUUCCUGAAGGUGCAUGGAUUUUGGACAUGGGGGGUAUGGUGGUGGAUGAUUUUUUUGCUUGCAGGUAUUGCAUAGUGUUCUCAUCCCUGUAGAUCAAACUCUGUAGAACUAGAGGUGUCUAUAUACCUGAAGAAUUUACAAGGUCUCCAAAUUACUGGUAGACUCGACAGAUCAUUUUAGAAAAUUACCAAUUCUUUCUAGAUCUAAGAAAAUAUGUGAUCAGCUUUGUGUUCAGAUAAUCUUGGGUUGUAAGCAGUUCUGUAGAUCAACCAAUACAUGUUGAGAUAUUCUUUCUAUUUAUUGGUUAUGGUUGGGAAAGAAAAGAAAGGAAAUUCAAAGCGCUUCUCAUGUUUCUGCU